GUAUCUUUGUCUUCAACAAUACAGGCCCUCUUUCUCUAUCUUUUUCUCAUUCUCCAAGGCCACCAGCUUGAUCUGCUUCUGUAUCGUUAUCUCCAUCCUCACCAUUACACCUCACCAUAUGUAUGCACAAACUUCUCCUCCUCCUCCUUCCGUGCAGGCCACCAGCUCACACCAUUGAAGCCUUUCUUCUUUUCUCUCUCUCUCCAAGUUUGAAUCCACCACUUUUCCACGCCUGCUGUGUCUUUAUCUUCAUCCUCAAAAUUCCAGUUCACCUAUACACACACACAUGAUACUCUCUCCAACUCCAGGCAACCAGUUCCACUUGAGUGUUUUCAUCUUCGAUAUAUUGGCACCUUGUAAGAAAUUCUCUAUAUCUGUGAUAAUCCGCCUGUCUCUAUUCUGGAAUCUUUCGUCUUCACCAUAGCGCAAGGGUGUAAGAGAUGCAUCUCCGUUCUCCCUCUCACACCAGGUUUAGGUAGAAAAUCCGGGCUCCCAGUCCCUGCAGCUCCAUGUAUAUAUAAAGAACACAAUUUCAAGUUGUGUGUGUAUAACCAUCACCUUCCCACAAAAAAAGAUACACUACUCAUAAUCAUCCUUUGUCUCUCGUUAUCAUUUUAUCCAUAUAUAGAGGAUCCACAGAAAGAAAUACUCCACGUACGUAAGUGGUCACUGAUCAUGUACAUGUAGAAGAAAUGGCUAAAAAAUUUAACACUAAUGUUCAUUUCCAUGACAUACCAGAUGCAAUCCUUUCCAGUAUAUUCUCCUUGAUAACAGAUACACGUAGCCGCAACGCCAUGUCCCUUGUGUGCCUUAAAUGGCACUUGAUAGAGCGCUCUACACGCACUUGUCUCUCUCUUAGAGGCAAUAUCCGUGACCUCUUUCUUCUCCCAACUUGCUUUAGAGCUGUCUCUAAUCUUGAUCUCUCAUUGGUUUCCCCUUGGGGGCGUCCAAUUCUUGAUUCCUCACCAAACACUACCCUUCUUGCUCAAGUUCUCCAUUGUACCUUUCCCUCUGUUGUAACUCUCACUGUUUAUGCAAGAAAUCCUUCAAUUCUUCAUCUUCUUGCUCCUCAAUGGCCUAACUUACGCCAGAUUAAGCUUGUUCGCUGGCACAAGCGAUCUCCAACUACUUUGGGCUCUGAUUUUCUUGCAUUGUUUGAGCAUUGCCAUUCACUUGCCUCACUUGAUCUCUCGCAUUUCUAUUGCUGGACAGAAGAUUUACCUCCAGCCCUUGAAGCAUACCCUUCCAUUGCUGCUUCUUUAAGCCAUCUUAAUAUCCUUAAUUACACUUCAUCUGAUCAGGGAUUCAAGUCCCAUGAGAUUCUUGCCAUUACCUCUGCAUGCCCAAAUCUCCGUGAAUUUUUAGCAGCCUGUAUAUUUGACCAUAGAUACAUUGGUUUUGUUGGAGAUGAAACCUUGCUAUCUCUUGCCACAAAUUGUCCUCGCCUUUCUCUUCUUCACCUUGUCGAUUCUAGUUCCUUGUCUGCUGCCAGGGGUGAUCCAGAUAAUGAUGGAUACACGACCGAGGAUGCUAGAAUCAGACAAACUAUGCUAAUUGAAAUGUUUUCUGCAUUGCCAUUGCUUGAAGAAUUGGUUCUUGAUGUUUGCCACAAUGUUAGGGAUACGUGGGUAGCACUGGAAAUGCUUAAUUCCAAGUGCCCAAGGCUCAAGUCUUUAAAGUUGGGACAGUUUCACGGAAUCUGUAAGGGAAUAGAUGCACGGCCCGAUGGGAUUGCACUUUGCAGCAGAUUGGAAUCAUUGUCAAUCAAGAACUGUGCUGACUUGACUGAUUCUGGUUUGAUUUCAAUCUCCCUUGGCUGCCCAAGACUCACCAAGUUUGAGGUCCAGGGUUGUAAGAAGAUCACGAAAUUAGGGAUGACAAAACUAGCUUCUAUUCUGAGGAAAACUUUAACUGAAGUGAAAAUCUCUUGUUGCAAGCAUCUCAAUACCGUGACCUCGUUGCAGGCAUUGGAACCGAUCCGAGAUUGUCUACAACGAUUGCACAUAGAUUGCGUGUGGGAAAUGGUUGAACAAUCAGGAUCGGAGGCUACCAGUUCAGCUAAAUAUGAUGGAUUCAAAUGUUCAGACAAGAGACGUGGCAUUUGGGAAGACGCAAACUUGAAGAAGAAAUACAAGAAGUAUAAUGACAACGAGAAUGGAUACGCCUCUAGUAAUUGGGCAAAACUGCAGUGUCUUUCACUUUGGAUUCCAGUCGGCGAGUUGCUGAAUCCAUUGGUUUUGGCAGGAUUGGAUAACUGCCCUAUGCUGGAGGAGAUACAAAUAAAAGUUGAAGGUGACUGUAGGCAUCAGUCAAGACUUUCCCCAGAUGGUUUCGGUCUCAGCUCCCUUCUAUGCUACCCUCGGCUUUCGAAGAUGCACAUAGACUGUCAAGCUGCAAUAGGAUAUGCUCUUACUGCCCCUUCUGGACAUGUGGAUUUGAGCCCGUGGGAGAGGUUUUAUCUUAAUGGGAUUGGAAGACUGAACCUGACUGAGCUCAACUAUUGGCCUCCACAGGACAUUGAUUAUAAUAAAAGGAGCCUAUCUCUCCCAGCAGCGGGAUUGCUUGCACAGUGUAGGACUAUGAGGAAGCUAUUUGUUCAUGGCACAGCUAAUGAACAUUUCAUGAUGUUUCUUUUGAAAGUACAAACUCUCAGAGAUGUCCAGUUGAGGGAAGAUUAUUACCCUGCACCGGAGAAUGACAAUAGCACAGAGAUGAGAAUAGACUCUUGCUCUAGAUUUGAGGAUGCUCUCAACAGGCGUGCGAUUCCUGAUUGACUAACUGGGAGCUCAGGAUUUGUACCCUUGCUGGUUGAAUUGUAUAUAUAUUAGUCAAACAUAAUAAAAUGUAAAAAUUGUGGUAAGUGUGACCUUUCUAAACGAAUAAUGAUCAUAUUGCGAUGUAGUUUUUGAA